CGUGAUGCAGGACCCUGCUUUUGCUGACGGCGACGAUGAACAAGCGCGAGGCAGCGACGACAGCAGCGAUGUUGGGAGCGCCAGGGAGGAGACUCGUUCACCAUGGAUCCGUAUGGCGACCUGGAGAUGAGCAGGGGGAGCGGUGGCGGCAGCUCGAGGGAAAGCGUUGGCGGCAGCUCGAGGGGAAGCGAUAUCGGGGGCUCCAGGGGAAGUGGCAGCGACGUCGCGUCGGCAGGGGCGCCGGGGUCGGCGAAGACCCUCCAGGCGCUGCAGAAGUCUAUCGACCGCAACCGCACCAAAAGGUAUGAGAAGUGGCUGGCGAGCCUGCUGAGAGAGGCGUGCUCGUUGCGGAAAAUCAUGGGCUUCUCGAAGGAGAAGGACGCCGAGAACAUGGCUAGAAGGUUGACGCAAGUCGACCGCCUGAUGGAGAGGAGCAGCCCUUUCUUCCGGAUCUGGAUGACAAGGCCGCAGGUUGCUUGUCUGGCUCGAAUCUCAUCGGGCGGGUUUUUGUAG